GUCUCAAUCACAAGGCUCCAUAUACAUCUCACAACAACAUACUUGUCAUCACUUGGGACCACUUCAAGGGCUGUCUAGAGGGCAGCUUGGCUCUUCUUCCCCAUUUGGGACAUCUCAUCCCUUGUUUCCCGGAACCCUCUGUCCUCUAAGACCGACGACAAUAUCUCGGUUCCAAAAUCGUCCCAACGGAAUCCUGUCCUUGUCUCGGCCCUUUGCAAACCUUUUGCCCUUGAACCUCGCUCUCCCUUUCCUUGUUCAUCACCCAAACGUCAGAAGGGUCUGCGAGCUCGACUGUCAAGCCGUCCUAUACCGUCAUGAGCGCGGAUGUAGCUACAAACUCUGCGCCUCCACCUUUCCCACCCACUCCGACUGGUGACGAGGUAUCGUCUCUGCUUCCUCCAGUCAAUAUGCCCACAAAGGAUCAAUUACAGUCUUCCGGCCAUCCCGUACUCCGAGCUUCCCCUAGGAAAUCAUCAUCUUCCACUCAACAAGCCUCUAGAGCUCUCCCCACACCUGUGUCUAUGUCCCCGACGGCUGGCUCUACGUCCUCUUUUCAUCCACCUCGACUCCCACCUCAAUUUGACAAUUCUCCAUGGUCCCGGUAUACCGCCCAAUAUUCACCGUAUCGGCCGGGCGAGUAUGGAAGGAAUGACCAUUAUGCCAAAUCUGGUCGGAGCCUCGCGAGUGAGAGGACAAAGAUACAGCGGACUCUGUUCGAGAGCAGCGAAGAUGCAGAUGAGGAUGGGGACCACUUGAUGAUCAAGAAGAAGGAGGAUACCGGUAGUAGUCCGCUUGCGCCGGCUUUUGAAGCCAAAAUGGUUUUGAGAAAUGGCGCCUCGGUGGAUCUCAUCUCUUGGCUUCGCACAAACUUUCACCACAUCCCUGAAUCCCAACACAACUCUAUGACCCCUUCCAUGUCCUUGAUCGGCAUUCGUGCUCUCCUACUCGAACGUUUCCCCCGGGUCCCAGAACUCUCGGAGUUGUCCAAAGCAGUUGUCGCUGCUUUCCCUCGAUCACGAUGGGAGUCUUCUCAUGGUGCUUUCUCCAAGGCAGAACCACCCACCAUUCGCGGUUUGUUCUGGCACGGCAAGGAUGUCGCCGACGAGGACGAAGACGAAGAGGAGGAGGACGAUUACGUGCCUUCCCGUAACAGAGAGAAGCCUCAACCGCAGAUCGUCACAAGAGCGAGGGCGAAUGGAAAAGUCUGGGACAAUGGCGAAGCUUCAGGCUCCCAGAGUCCCAUCGCCAGUGCGCUGGUCUCCCCUAUUUCAUCUUCUGCUCGCAAGCCGCCACCUGCAACGCCAGCUCGUUCGGUCUUGGAAGAGUUCGCAGAGAUCGCCACACUCGCAGACAAGACGCCUAGGUCAAAGACUCGAUCUUUACCCGAAGACGGUCCCACGGAUCGUUUCGAAGGUGCUCCCACCGGCGCUCUGGCACUGGCAGAUGUCUGUCAUUCGUCCUUCGACACGACUAAGCGGAAACGUCGAGCAAGUCAAAGCCCCGAAAUGCACAGGAGACGGUCCUCGACUCCUGACAAGCUCCACGGUCUACUGGCAGCUGCGGAAGCAGUCGAGGGAAGUCCUUUGACCUCCGUCCUGGGUCACAAACGUCGACGUACGAUCGGCGGACCUGCACCAAUGUAUGAACUCAUUCAACAUCCUCACCGCAAAUCUCACAAGACGCUCUCUCGAGGCACGGCCUCCCCUGCGGGAACUGAAACGGUAUUCGGCCAUGGCUUCUCUCAUGACAUUGUGGUCCCUCUGAACGAUACCGCUUCCGCAGUGUCCCUCGCCGAUCUAGACACUGUUUCCCUCCACACACCCUCUCGACAGGUCCCCGGAUCCUCGGCCCCCUCUGCCUCUUCUUCGUCCGCUUCCCAAUCUUCCAACAUCUCAUCGUUUGUCCCUGGCGUGGAUCAGCCGCCGCCUCGUCCACCGAGACAAGGUGGCAGAAAACCCAACGAAUUGCCUACUGAUGGCGAAAAUCCUGGAGUGGACUGCAAACCCCCUCACCCUUACCAUGAAAUGAUCAGAUACGCUAUUGAAAACGCCCCGGACAGACGGCUUCAACUAUCACAGAUUUACAGUACGAUCGCGGAUAGAUUCCCAUUCUUCAAGACUCUGGACGAGAAAAAGACGGCAGGAUGGCAGAAUUCUAUCCGGCAUAAUCUGUCCUUAAAGAAAAUGUUCGUUCGAGUCAACAAGGUUGACGGAAUGAUAGAUGAUUCAGGCGGGAAAGGUGGUUGGUGGACCGUCGAGCCUGACAUGCCAGACGAGGGAAGACCUGGUCGCAAGGUCAAAUCUAAAAAGCGAGGCGGUGAUGACAUCGCCGAAGAAAGCAUCGCAGAAGGGUCUACAGCGGGAGAGGACGACAAGAAUUGGAUGGGCAAAGGCGGACGAGAGGAAUCUUUGGCAUCGACAAAAAGUGGCAAGGGUCCGAGACUAUCGGUCGCCCCCAUUCCUCCAGCUGCACGGUGACACUGUGCACACACCCUCCAUGGUUCUUCCUAAAUUUCCAUUUCUUCCACCUCCCCUUCCUCUAUCUCUCUUCAUGACGUCUGAUGAUCUUGUUGUUUGCUAUCUCCCGAGUGGGCACGUAAAAAGAUGGGUUGUUUGGUAUCUUGUUAUCCGGAAAGAAAAACGCUGUUGCAAAAGAAUCAAAGGCCUGGGCAGCGGUGUGGUAGUUGAAAAGAGAAGCUGCAAUCAAUGCAAAGAGUGGUGGAA